AUGGAACAAUUAUUAGUUGGUGUUUUGACGGACAAUGAAGAUAUAGUUGAACUAUUAAACAUUACGCGUCGUAAAAGAGCUCGAAAAGUUUUUCGACUUCGGGAAAAUCAUUUCACCAAAUGGAAUGAUAAGGAAUUUAUUAAAAGAUUCCGUUUGUCGAAAAAUGGAGUACGUUUUGUGUUGGAUCGCAUUUCAGAAGAAAUUGCACAUCCAACUCAAAGCGGAACUUAUGUUGUAACAUUAAGAUUUUACGCCACAGGCUCGUUUUUGCAAGUUGUUGCAAAUUUCUCUGGCAUAGGGCAUAGGGUUAGCUGGGCUAUUGCUAGAUUAGAAACCAUUUUUAUUAAGUUACCAAACACAAAUCAAGAGAUGCAAUGUAACAGCAAAGAAUUUUACAACACCGCUCGAUUUCCAAAAUGCAUUGGUGCAUUAGACUGCACUCAUAUUAAAAUAAUGUCGCCAGGUGGAGAUCAAGCUGAAAUUUUUAGAAAUAGAAAAGGGUUUUUUUCAAUGAAUGUCCAGGCAAUAUGCGAUACACAUGCGAAAAUCCAAGACAUUGUUUGUCGAUGGCCAGGUUCCGCCCACGAUAGUACAAUAUUUAAUAAUUCGUCCAUCCGACAGAAGUUUGAAAAUAGAGACUUUGAAAACUACGUUCUGGUGGGUGAUAGUGGUUAUGCUGUAAGGCCAUUCCUAAUAACACCAUUGGGCGCAACUGCAACCAGAGCAGAAAAUUUAUUUAACGAAUGCCAAAUUAGAACACGUAAUCCUAUUGAAAGGUGCUUUGGGAUAUGGAAAAGGCGUUUCCCUGCACUUGCAUUUGGAAUAAGGCUUCAAAGACAUAAAGUAGAAGCAAUUGUGGUGGCUACUGCAGUGCUUCACAACAUGGCUUGUUUGCUAAACGAAGAACUUCCACCAAUAAACCCAGAAGAAGAAGCUGCAGUACAAUUUGUAAACGAUGUUGGCAAUGAAAUUGUUCGAGAAAAUAAUAUUGGGGGAGUAAAUAAUUCGGUUCGACAUCAAUUAAUUCAUGAUUAUUUUAAUAGAUUAUUAUAA